AUGCAGGAUUAUCCGCAGGUCCGUAAACCUCUCAUAGACUUCACCUCUGAUGAAGGUAAAGCUGCUCUGAUGCCUUCGAAGAACACUUCCAUCAUGAUUGUAUUGACAUUUAAAGGGUCAGUUCACCAAAAUCAAACACAGGUCAUCUUUGUUUGGGUAGUUUGGUCUGUUUGAAGCGCCAUCACUGCUCUAAUUUACCAAAAACAUGUUCAACCAGAGUUGAGAUUGAACUGAAGGAAAGACUUUAAUUUCACGACAGUUUUUUUUUCUCGCAGCAGCUCAGCUCUCAGCCCCCAUAUCUUCACCAAAGAGCAUCAGACACAAACUUCUAAAUUAAAACUGUUUUGAAAAGUAGCUUUAUCAGUAUAAAUAAGGUGUGUUAUUUAACAGCUGAGCCAAACACGUCUGACUGCAGCUCAGCUACCAGCCUCGACAUGUGACAGACAGGUUUUAGCAUCAACAAGUCGUUCAUCAGCUAAAAUUUUAAAGGAGAAGACCUCCACAAGUAAUCUGGCCUCACACAAAGACAUCAGCAGCUGCUCAGUUCACAGCCCCCCCAAAGAGGGUCUAACACUGAUUUUCAAAGUAAAAACUGAGUUUUAUCAAGUCAUAUAACUCAGUCUAUACUUACAGGACAUCUACAGAAUAACAUUUAUCUGCAAGACAGCUCAGCUUGCAGCCCCCCGUGUCUUACCGCUUGGAGCCUGACAUGAAUCUUUAAAGUGAAAUUGCUUCUUAAGUGAUUUUACGAGUUAGGUUUAUUGGCUUGCUUGGUUUUGCAGCUCAGCUCUCAGCCCCUCCUUUGUCUCUGUGUUGAGGAACUAAAAAAGUUGGUGGAGAGAUUUAACAGAGACAACACCAACCGUUUUACAUCGUCAAAUUUUCAGAAAAGUUGUAUAAUCUGAGUUUUGGGUCAGUACCAUAAACUGGAAAUCUUCACUAAUAAUCUGAUGACUUGCCAGAACUGCUUAAUCUGAUCAUGAGGAUGUUAAAAAUAUCACUGGAGACUGGAGACUUUUCACACGAUGAUGGUUUGAAAGUGACUAACAGAAUAAAUGAAUAAUCGUCUUUGCGUUAUCGUCCCAUUAUAAGAAUAACUUCAUAGGAGCAGGUUUGAGUGGAGCAGGAUGUUGUGCCUGAAAAUGAGCAGAACUGCGAGCUGAGCUGCCUCUCACUGUAUGUUUUGACAUGUCUGCCGAGUGUUUGCAUGUAUCCGUGACUCGAGGACUUGAUUUGAGGGCCUCCCCGGCGCUCUGUGUUAUAUCACCGCUGCAAUAAUGCUCAUGUUUUCUCCUGCAGAGCUGCGCGCUGGCUCUUUGCAGCCACUCCGCUGCUCUCCCUCCCACCUCCCCGAGGGGACGCCUCCUCCGCUGCGUCCAGACUUGUCAGAGCAGAUUCUCAUCAAAUUACCGAUGUCCUGCAUCGGGGUAAUUGCUUGCCAAACCCACUCCACUGAUGCAAAUUUAAGGGGUCGCCUGUGA